GAAUCGGCGUGGGAAAAUUCGGCAGAGUCAAGAGUCUGAAUCGCGCUAAAAGGGUUUUGAACGCAAAGGGUCUACCUUUGCUCUGCAAUUUAAGGAUGGCAAAGAUUGGAACAUUCUUUAACCCAGUGGUUACAAAGACUUGGAGCAAACAGCAGACCUGGAAACAGGCUAGGUCCUCCUUUAUCUGGUGUAUCGUCAACCUCUGUCUGGCCACAUUCAUGUACUUAGAACUGACAAUAUUUGGAAUAAGAAGUCAAUUUAACUUGAAGACACCCAUAUUUUGGUACAUAGAAUGUGUGAUUGCUCUGUUACUGCUGCUGAACACAGUUUUCCAUUUCUGUACAUAUCUACGACCCUUUGUUUCCUCAACAUCAGUGGAUCUGACUCCAGAACAAAAACAACUACUAGCUAUCAAAGACACAGAUCUAGGAUUUAAGGUGUCUCCUCAGAAGUCCCCGGGGUCUCUGUCCAGUGAGGGGAGCCUAGUGUUCUCCGUGUCCACCCCCACCGCUCAGUCCAGCUCGUCUAGUGGGAGGCUGACCCCCACAAACCUGGGGUCAGGGUCCCUUAACUACAGCAGCCAAUCCAUCACCUACUCACCAUACUCCUCCCAGGGCAGUUUUGACAGGGGAUCACACAGUGGAACAAUAGGAACACCUUUCUCACAAUUUUCUACGAGUCCUGGAAUGUCUGCAUACAGCCCAAACUUGUCUGGAUACAGCCCCAAUGUCUCAGGCUACAGUCCACAGAUAGUCGGAUACAAUCCAAAUCUGUCUGGAUAUAGUCCAAAUGUAUCCGGAUACAGUCCUAAUUUAUCUGGAUACAGCCCAAAUUUAUCAGGAUAUAGUCCCAACAUAUCCAGUUACAGUCCGAAUCCAUCUGGAUACAGUCCAAAUAUGUCAAGUUAUAGUCCAGGGACUGUGUUUACACCUAGUCCUAAUGUGUCUGGAUUUACUCAUCAUAUGUCAGGGUAUUCCCCUAAUUUGUCUGGAUUUAUGUCAGGAUCACCAGGGAUGACUGGAAUAGCAGACACCAGUGGGCUUAGAUCCAGACAUUCCCUGUCACAAACCAUGAAAAAUGCUGCAGCAUCUUCAUCAUUGGACAGAAUUACAGAUCUUCAUUCACUUAGCAAGUACCUCAAAGAACAUGAUGAAAAAGAGUUUAUCAAAGCAGCCAUCAGUUCACCAGAGAAUUCUGGUGGCUCUUCCUUCUGGAAUUAUGGACGGUCGGCCAUGGACUAUACCCACGUACUUAAAAAGUAUGUCUACCAGCUGGCCAGUCGCUCCUCCCACUCCUCAGCCACGCCCAAUGUCGACAACGACCAAUCAAACUCCUUCAGUGGGGAUGAUGUGUGGAGUAAAAGAGGAGUGACAGAAGAUGACCUCUUUCUGUGGACAGAGAGAUUGAGAAAGUGGAUAUGCCAGACCAUUGUAGCUCCUUUAAGGAAAGAAAUAGAGGAAGUAAAUGCUGGUUUGCGGAGAAUUGGAUCCGAGGACACAGAAAUAGGGGAAGUUGGAGUUUCCACUCUAAAGCAGCUGGCUUUGACUAAAGGUCCUUAUGUGCCAACAUUAAAUGCAGUUGUUCCAUAUCUGGACUUCUCAUCAAAUCAGGAAUAUCUAGUCAAAAGAAUAAAAGACCUAGGUAAAGAUGGCUGUAUGAGUGAGUUUUGCUGGAACUCGGGAGGAGACUAUGGGAAAGAAUGGGGAGAGCACCUGCCAACAGACGCUGCGGUGGUUAUGCAUUUGUUCUGUACAUACAUGGACUCUCGUCUUCCAGCACAACCCAAAUAUCCUGAUGGAAAAACAUUCACUUCACAACACUUCAUUAAAACUCCUGACGAACCUAAUUUAGACAAAGAAGACACAGUCUGUAUAUAUCAGUCGUCCAUCAACCCACCUCAUUUUCAAGUUGUGUUUGGAAAGACAGUUCACAAGUUACCAAAGGGAAGAAACAACAUGUUUCAAGCUUUGUUGCUGUUUUUACAUCACAUUGACACUAAAGAACAUGGAAUGCUAGGGCGUGUAAGUCUUGGCAUGUCAGGAAUCAAUAUAACAUGGAUCUUCAAAUGAAGGGGCACCUAAGGGGAGGUAAAGAGGCACCUAAGGGGAGGUAAAUUCCAUCCUGGUCCUAUCAUCUCAUGUUGGUUUCAAACCCAGAUGUUAAACUUUGGUACCAGAGAGAAGAUGCCGAAGAUUGAAGAAAAAUUUCAUUUGACUGGCUGCUUUUUUGUUAUAAAAUGUAUGUCAGUUGUGUCUAACAAACAGUUUAAAUGUUCAUUUGAAAACAAGAAAGUUUUGUGAUCUUAUUGAACAAACUAUGCAUUUCUUGUGAAUUCGAAAUAUUGAAGGGAAAUAAAACAGGAAAAAAAUUUGAUUUGUUUU